CUUGGGGGAGCCGCGGCCGAGUACAACGCUGGGCCGUGGGGAGCCAGGCGGCGGCGGGUCUGAGGGGAGCGGCGGGGCUGAGGCGGCCGCGGGGCUGAGGCGAGCGAGCGGCGCGGCUGAGGCGGCCGCGGGGCUGAGGCGAGCGAGCGGCGGGGCUAAGGCGAGCGAGCGGCGGGGCUGAAGGGACCCGCGGCGGCGCUGAGGCCAGCGGCGGAGCUGUGGGGAGCGUCGGUGCUGAGGUGGUGGCUUCGGCCAGGCGGAUUGGGCUGACGUGAGAAGCGCCGCCGCCGCUGGGCCUCCUCCAUUCCGGCCUGCAGCCCCGCGCCCUCCCAGCCUCUGGCGCCCUCCCGCGCGGGCGGCGCGCUGGCGGCGGCCAUGGCGGUGGCGGCGGCGCUGGCGGGCCGCGGGGCGCGCGGCGGCAGGGGCCGGCCCCCGGGCGGGCGGGCGGAGGGGGCGGGGCCGGGGCGGCGGGGGGCCCGCGCGGCGGCUGCGGCGGCGGCGGCAGCGGCAGCGGCAGCGGCCGGGACAAGGCGGAGGCGACGGCGGCGGCGGCGGCGCGGGGCGCUCGGGCUGAUGGCGGCGGCCGGGCCCGGGGCUGCGCUGUCCCCGCGGCCGUGCGACAGCGACCCAGCCACCCCCGGAGCGCAGUCCCCGAAGGAUGAUAAUGAAGAUAAUUCAAAUGAUGGGACCCAGCCAUCCAAAAGGAGGCGAAUGGGCUCAGGAGAUAGUUCUAGGAGUUGUGAAACUUCAAGUCAAGAUCUUGGUUUUAGUUACUAUCCAGCAGAAAACUUGAUAGAGUACAAAUGGCCACCUGAUGAAACAGGAGAGUACUAUAUGCUUCAAGAACAAGUCAGUGAAUAUUUGGGCGUGACCUCCUUUAAAAGGAAAUAUCCAGAGCGACGAGAUUUGUCUCACAAGGAGAAACUCUACCUGAGAGAGCUAAAUGUCAUCACUGAAACUCAGUGCACUCUAGGUUUAACAGCAUUGCGCAGUGAUGAAGUGAUUGAUUUAAUGAUAAAAGAAUAUCCAGCCAAACAUGCUGAGUAUUCUGUUAUUCUACAAGAAAAAGAACGUCAACGAAUUACAGACCAUUAUAAAGAGUAUUCUCAAAUGCAACAACAGAAUACUCAGAAAGUUGAAGCCAGUAAAGUGCCUGAGUAUAUUAAGAAAGCUGCCAAAAAAGCAGCUGAGUUUAAUAGCAACUUAAACCGGGAACGCAUGGAAGAAAGAAGAGCUUAUUUUGACUUGCAGACACAUGUUAUCCAGGUACCUCAAGGGAAGUACAAAGUUUUGCCAACAGAACGAACAAAGGUCAGUUCUUACCCAGUGGCUCUCAUCCCCGGACAGUUCCAGGAAUAUUAUAAGAGGUACUCACCAGAUGAGCUGCGGUAUCUGCCAUUAAACACAGCCCUGUAUGAGCCUCCUCUGGAUCCUGAGCUCCCUGCUCUAGACAGUGACGGUGAUUCAGAUGAUGGCGAAGAUGGUCGAGGUGACGAGAAACGGAAAAAUAAAGGCACUUCGGACAGCUCCUCUGGCAAUGUAUCUGAAGGGGAAAGCCCUCCUGACAGCCAGGAGGACUCUUUCCAGGGAAGACAGAAAUCAAAAGACAAAGCUGCCACUCCAAGAAAAGAUGGUCCCAAACGUUCUGUACUGUCCAAGUCAGUUCCUGGGUACAAGCCAAAGGUCAUUCCAAAUGCUAUAUGUGGAAUUUGUCUGAAGGGUAAGGAGUCCAACAAGAAAGGAAAGGCUGAAUCACUUAUACACUGCUCCCAAUGUGAGAAUAGUGGCCAUCCUUCUUGCCUGGAUAUGACAAUGGAGCUUGUUUCUAUGAUUAAGACCUACCCAUGGCAGUGUAUGGAAUGUAAAACAUGCAUUAUAUGUGGACAACCCCACCAUGAAGAAGAAAUGAUGUUCUGUGAUAUGUGUGACAGAGGUUAUCAUACUUUUUGUGUGGGCCUUGGUGCUAUUCCAUCAGGUCGCUGGAUUUGUGACUGUUGUCAGCGGGCCCCCCCAACACCCAGGAAAGUGGGCAGAAGGGGGAAAAACAGCAAAGAGGGAUAAAAUAGUUUUUGACUCUAAUACUGUAUAUGCAUUUAAGUGGAAUAUUUGGUGCCAUUUACAACAUUUUCAUUUUCAUGCCAAUAAAAAAUUUUUUUUUGCAAAUUAUGAGCUUAAAA